AUGUUUACACCCUCUUCAGUUCUUUUCCACCAACAAGACAACCCACAAGGUGUUCUCAAGUAUCUUCAAGAGAACAAACUUCCUGAUAAUCAGCUUCACCCCAUUAUUCUUUCUUUACUUUUAAAUACUGAUAAGGAAAUUGUUGAGUCAAUAUUUAAGCAAUAUCCUUCUUGUCAUACUUGGAUUAAUUCAAAAAGUGAAAUACCUCUUUUUACAGCACUUCUAAAAAAUUCCAACACCAUCGACUUGUUAUUGGAGAAGUCGGAUCUUUCGUAUAAAACUAUUUCGGGCGAUACUGUUUUACAUUAUAUUUGCAAGUCUCCAAUAAAAGACAAGAAAAAAUACAUACAAAAGGUUGUGGCCUCUAACAUGUUUUUAAUUCAAUCCGAGAAUGAAAUUGGAGAGACGCCACUCCACUAUUUGGCAGCGACUGGGACUAAAGAAGAAGUUGCUUAUUUACUUUCUCUUGGUGCUACAAAGACUUACUUGACCAAAACUGGAUCGAUUCCAUUGAUAUAUGCUCUUGAAGCUGGGAACACUGAAGCUGCAAUUUUGCUCUCAGAAGAAUUAUCAACCACUGUAGACAGUGACAAUGGAGAAGAUGCUGAAGAUGAUGAAAAAGAAGAGAAAGAUGAUGAGUCAUUGAGUGGUGAUUCUCUUUCGAGUGAUGAUGAUGCCAUGACUGUCUCUGUGAUGGCACAAAUUUCAAAAGCCGAGCGUCACAAAAACAAGAAGAAGGGGAAGAAAGAUUCAGCGAAGAAAGUGAGUACAUUAGAAGAUCAAGUUCAACAGAUUUUGAGCAUCAAAAAGCCGACAAAUUUGAUUGAAACGGCCAAAAAAGUCAGUAAAAAAGAGAAGUACAAAAUUUUAAGUAUCGAUGGAGGAGGAAUGAAGGGGAUAUUAGAAGCCAUAUUACUGAGUCGAAUUGUUAAGAAACACCCAAAGUUUUUGAAGAAAGUCAAUUUGGUUUGUGGGUGUUCUGUUGGGUCGAUUUUGGCCUCUUUUUUGGUCUGUGGGUAUGACCCGGACACCUGUUCCAAAUUACUUGAGUUGAUCUCAGAGAAACUUUUUGUGAAUCCAAAUCUCACACUGAAUGAAGCAAAGUAUGAGACUAAAAGUCUUCAAUUUAUUCUUGAGAAGGUGUUUGAAGACACGAGAAUUAAAGACGUCAAAUGCCAUUUUCUGGUGGACUCCUUUUUGAUUGAUCCCGAGACAAAUCCAAGAGAGUGUAAAGCAUGUGCAUUCACUAAUCUGGAGAAGGGAUAUGAGAACGAAAAACUCUCGGACAUUUGCUUGAGAAGUGCGGCAGCACCUACAUAUUUCCAUCCAUAUCAAAACUAUGUUGAUGGUGGCAUCUUGAAUAACACACCCGUUGGAGUCAGUUGGGCGUACCUCUUUGGAGAACAAGGGUUACAAUUAGAUCCCAAAAAUGUUGUGUGCUUCUCAUUGUCUGCUGGCAAGCCGGACCCAUAUUAUAUAGAUAUUAACAAAAUUGGAAAUGGUGGAUUGGUUCAGUGGGCGACUCAGAUCUCUGAUACAUUCAUGUACGCAACAAGAAGUUGGUCAGUCAAAGAAGGAGGAAUUUACCUUGGAGAUAGAUGGCUGAGAUUCGACCCACCACUCGGUAGAAUUAUAAAAUUGGAUCAAAUAGAAUUGAUCCCAGAAUUAAAGGAAAUUGCAAAUAACGUCGAUUUAACUGUCGUCGAUAAGUGGCUCGAGAAGUAUUGGGACUAA